UAUUAUAAUAAUUAAAUUAACUAAAAUAUCAAAAAAUUAUAAGCUUUACUUAAAUUGAUGAACGAAAUUAAAAAAAAAGUUUUCUUCAUAUUUCUAGGAGUGGUUGUUUAUUCCUUUGCCAAAUAAGAAUAAAGUUUAAUCAAAGAGAGAGCCAAAGAACAAGACCAAUUUAUGAUAAUGAAGAAAGAUAGACAACUAUAACAAUGCUUUAGUAAUUGUAUUUUAUGCAACAAUAGUUAUUGUUUAUAGUGUGCAGUUGAUAGAGUUCUUCCUGAUUGUAAUUGUAGAGAAGGCUUCUUUCUAGAUACCUCUUUAAAUUGUCAAAAAUGUGGUGAAAACUGUAAGACUUGUCUCCAUUAAUAACAAUGCUAAAUCUGUAAUGAGCACUAUAAGGUAGUUGGUGGUUUAUGCGUUUGUGAUGGAAAUUGCGAUAAUACUGUACUGUAUUAUACAACUCAAGUUGGACAAGAUUUAUAAAGCAUAGUUAUUACCUUUAAUCAGAUAAUUGGAAUUUAAAAAACAACUUCUAAAGAUAUUAAUAGUGCAUUUACUUUAUCUUAUGACAAUUGCUCUAUUCUUACUAAAGACACCUAAUAAAUCUAUGGUGUUUUUGAUGCAGGUGAUUUACAAUAUGGUGGCUGCUACAUUCGAUAAUCCUAGCAAAAUUAGUUUAUCAUAAUGCUUACUUCCAAACUAGAUUAAAGUAAUUUAUUAAAAGCCCCGAAAAUAGAUUCUACUUAGAUUUUGAUAUUUAAUGGAAUUCCGAUUUAUAAACCUCUAUAAUAAGGAGUUACUGCAACAACCACAGAAACUUAGAUAGGAUCAUAACUAGCUUAUAUACCUAAAAUAUGUUAUUUUUAAUAAUCAAAAAUUUUUGCUUCACUAACAGAAUAAAAUUUAUCUAUAUAAAUUACUGCGAUAUAAAAUAUGUAUGACAUUUUUUAGGCUGGCAGCGGAAAUAUAAAGUGCGAAAUAGUAAAUUCCUCAGUACCUUCCAUAACCUUUGAUCCUUGCUCAGCAUAAAAUGGAUUACUAAUUUCAACUUAAAAAUUUGUAGAUUAAUCUACGCUUUAGGUAAGUGUUGAGUGCUCUUUUUUAGGAUAAAAAGCUAAAGACAUAGUCGAUAUAGUUUUUACAAGUUAAAAUUCAUAAAAUGUUAGAAUUGAGUAUCAAGAUUUAUUUUAUACAUCUUCUUUUAAAGACAAUUUUGAAACUAAAGUCUCAUUUUUUUCAGAUACUGUCUUAGACUAAAUUUAAAUUAGCUAAAAUAUAUAUCCACCUUCAAAUUUUGCUGCAUCCUAUUAGUUAUUAUAAGACAGUUAUAAUUGUACUUUUUAAAUUCCAGGUUCUAAUAUCAUCACAGAAUAAUACAUAUUUAUUUCGAUUAUUGCAUCUACAUAAAAUACAGUAUCUACAUUAUAACUUGCUGUUUCAUAUUUGAGCUCGUUUAGUUUAGAUGUGGAUUAAAAAGUUAUCUCUAAUUUCUUUCCAAGUAAAAGCUUAACGAUUAAAGCUAGCUUGAUUGAUAACGAUGUCACAACCCAAGAUAUUAGUUAGUUUUAAUUAUAAUGGUAUUGUAUUUCUGAAGAUACUCAAACAUAAUGCAAGGAUCGUAAUUAAAAUGUUAUCUCAAUAUAAUCAUCUUUAACUGCACAAAUAAGUCCUAAAACAUUUAAUUUAAAUGGAAAAUUUACUCUUUUCAUACUAGCGAGAAGAAAUAAUAAUCCGAAUACAUAGCAAAUUGCAGUCACAAAGCUAGACACAGGAUAAACUUAGUUCAAUACAGUAACUGAUAUGAAUUCCUUAUAAUUGAUUAACUAUUAAGAUAUUGUUUUCAUUGAACUAAAAUAUGAAACCAAUUUAUACACAACAAAUCAGACAUGCACCUACAAAGCUAAUAUUUUAAAUUCUCUAACUUAAGCAUAGAAAACGUAUGAGUCAAUUUCUAAUAAGCUAUCUUUCAUUAUUUAAGAUCUCUUUCCAAAUUUAGAUGUGAUAGCUCAAAAUAAUUUUUCAAUUUAGUUUUAAGUUUAUGACUUAACCAUAGAUGAUACUCUUUCUUCAAAUACAUAUGCUAUGCAAAUUAGAUAACCUCCUUAAGGAUGUAAGCUAGCUUUAAGUUCCUUAGCUGUAUUUCAAACAAUUACUAUAUCUGUAAACAGCUGCAAUUUAAAUGGGCAAGAUACUCAAUAUUAAUUUUUCUUUUACUCUAGCUAGGAAUAAUAAGACUAAGAAAUAAAAACCUCAGGAAUAAUUGUUAACAGAAGAAUGCUAAGCAUAAUUUCAUAAAACACAUAAGUCACGGCACAUUUACCACCUGGAAAUAUCAUAGUUAUGGUAGUCACAGUAGGACCUAAUAACCUUAGAUCUAAUUUUACACAAGCAGCUACAAUUCAAGACAAUAAUUGGAGCUAAGUUGAGUAUGAGAAAUACAUAUAAAACCAAUAUGAUUCAAUUUAAUAAUAAUCAACAAAAUCUAUUUAAGUUUUUGGAUAUUAAUAUAUCGCAAAUGCAGUGGAGUAUUAUGAGUCUAAAAAUUCAAACUACAUUCCUUCAGAUAGCACUAAUUAGUUAAAAAACUAGAUAACUCAAUAACUAAUAGAUUCAUCUUGGCAAAAUGAAGAUGACUAAGUUUACUUGCUUUCAACUUAAAUUAAUAUUAGGAUAAAAUAAUCAAAAAUAAAAAUAUCUUCAAGUUCUUCAUAAGCAUUUGUAAAUGCUAAUGAGAAAGAAGUUUAAAAUAUUUUACAAAAAAUUAAUUAAUCUCAGUUAAAUAAUCAACAAAGAUAGUAUUAUUAAGAAAUAUUAUCUUCAGUUACUUAGAAUUAUAUGAAGAACAUGAAUAACUUGAAUAAUUGGACAACAGGUAACUGCCAGAAUGCUAUUUAGUAAUCAAACAAUAUAAUGUAAGGUAUAGCUUAAACAAUGAUUGUUAAUUAGUAGCCAAUUCAAGUAAUUGCUGAAGAUGUCUCCCUUUUAGUUGACAAGGUAGACUAUAUAACUUUAUUGUCUAAGUAUUACGACGAUAUAAAAAUUGAGCCUGGCCAGUCUUAGUAUAGCUAAAGUUACUUUGUUUUAAUUUAGACAUGGCCAACUACUCAUCCUUUAUAUAGGGAUGAAUUAAAAUAAAUAAAUGAGCAAUAUUAUUCAAAAUCUACCCCAUAAUAAUUAAGUCUUCUUCAAAAAACAUACCCAAUUAUGAUACCUAAAAUUCUAGAAGAUGAUAAAAGAAGAAGGUAACUCUCUACUGCAAAUGCGAAUUUGCCUGGGCCUUUUUAGUUAUAAUUCCCAACUUAAGAUGAAAAGCUAUAAUGUAUUUAGAGAAAUUUAAAUGGGAAAUGGGUAUCUAGUAGUUGUAAAACUACCAUCAAGUUUAUUAAGCAGAAAAGAGUUGUUAAUUGCUCAUGUUAAACUCCUGACCCAACAUCUAUACUAACAGAUAUUUCUGAGCUUUUUGAAAACCAAAAUAUUUAAGACAUCUUUAAUGGAGAAGGUUUUUGGAGAAUAUUCCAUUUAAAUAAUUGGUAUGAAUAUGCACCAAUCUGGACAAUAAUUGCACUUAAUAUAUUUUUUAUUGCACUCCUAGUUAUUGGAUACAAAUAUGAUAAACUUGACAAAGCCAAAUAUUUAAAAAAAGCAUUCUUAUUUUAUGAUUCUAAAAUAGGAUAAUCAUAAACUGUAGGUUAAGAAAACCUAUUUAUGUAAAUUAAGAAUUAACGAACUACAUAAAAUAAAUUAAGUAACAAUCCUAUCAGCCGACUAAAUACAUAAAAAACACAAGAAUAAUUUGAAGAUUAAGAUGCUAUUAAUAAUAUUAACAAUAACAAAAACAAUAUUAAUAAAAUUAGUUUGGAAUUUAAUAAAAAAAGCAUAAUUGCUGAAGGAGAAAAGGUACACUCUAACAAUUAAAUAGCCCAAAAAACACCUAUUAACAGUUAUAAUAGUGAAAAUUUGACAAGCGUAAAUUUGAUUUAAUAAAAUAUAAGACAAGAAGGUUAAAAUGAUUAUUAAGAAUAACUUAUUGAUAAUUAAAACAAAGUUUCGAAUGAAAAAUCAACUUAGAAUAAUUAAAUAAUUAUAGAAAAUGAAUCCUAAACUUUGAAAUUUAACAAAAGCUUAUCAUAGUAAGGCUAAGAAUAAAAUUAAAAUGAUAAAUAAAAAGCAUUUGGUGAAAAAUCUCUUUAGGAUAUUGAAAAUAAUAAUCAAAAUAGAAUUAAUUAAGAAAUCAAAUCAAGUAACUAAUAUUAAAUUAUAAAUAUAGAUUUGAAUGAAAACAAAGAAUAGGAAUAAUAAAAACAUUCACAUAAUGAUCUUAAGGAAAUUAAAAAUUUAUCUCACAUUUCUUCUGAUUUUUAAAAAAUCGAUGAAAGAGAAAAUUAUUAGUAAAAUGCUAUUGAAAACUUUUAAUUCGAUAUCAAAAAAUAAUUCAAAAAAGAUGAAUUCCUUAUUUACGAAGAGCAAGAUUAUUCAAUAUAUUCUUCAAAUCUUGAUUAAAAAUCUCAAGAUCAACAGUAAUCUGGUUUAUAAUAAAUUCAAAUCACACCUUAAAAUUAAAUUAAUUUGGAAAAUGUCACUCCAGAUAUUGAAAAUAAUAAAAGACCAAGUAUUAAUAUCAAGUAAAGUAAUGAUAGCUCAGAUAUUGAAAAUAAUAAUACUCCUUAAAUUGAUGGAAAAACUCCAUAGUUGGAAUCACAAGUCUAGUAAAUAUAACACAUAGACAUUAAAAAAUUAUUUAUUUAAGAAGAAGACGAUUGCGAUAAUUUCUAGCAAACACCUUAACCAAACAGUAAAGCUGAGAAAAAUUUUUUACUUAAUACUGAUUAGAUUCAAUUAGAAUAAUUUACGAAAUAAGAAGAAAAUAUUUUAUAAAUUUAAAAUUCAAAUAUUUAGUAAUUAAAAUAAGAGACUCCAAUAAUUAAUAAUAAUUAAAACGAUGAAGAAGCUAUGAAAAUAGAUCAUAAAAAUGAAAGUUCAGAUUAAAAAGCUUGUGAUUUGGAUAUAAAUGAAUAAAAAAAGCUUGACAAAAAAAGGUAAAAAGAAAUUGAACGGAGUUUAUUUUUAAAUGCAAAAGAGAAAUUAUAACUCUAUUUAUAAAAAGAGACAAUAACUAGGGCAACACUUGCCUAUCAUAUGUUUUUUUAGACAUUCAUAAUAUAUGAUAAUAAAGUAUCUAGAGUUCUAAGAUUCACUAUAUAUUAUAAUAGACUGAUUUGGCUUUUAACAAUAAAUUCGGUUUUUGGAGUUAAGUUAAGUGUAGUUUAAGUUCUAGUUUUAAGUAUAGUUUCAACAGUAAUUAUAUAAGUAGUUACCACUUUACUUAUGCUAUUAUACUUCAGAUAAAAAUUAAAAGUAUUUGGAGUAAUAAUAACCAGCAUAUUUUUGCUAUUUUGCUACUAUAGUAUACUGGUAGUAAUUUCAGGAUAGUAGCCUUAUGAUGCAAAUAUGUGGAUUCUCUCUUAUUUUUCAACUUUGAUUUUAUCUGAUUAUAUCUUCGGAUUGGCUAUAAGUUUUGCCUUUUUUUAUUUAAGUAGAAAAUAUAUAGAAAAAAUAUAAGACCCUCUAUACUUGAAUAUUCUAGGUUCUGCUUUACUAAUCUAAGCUUUUUAAUAGUGA